AUGCUCAGAUUUUUAACAUUGCUUGCACUGGUUGCUGUGACACUACAGGUUGGUUUUUUUGUUUGGAAAAAAAUGAUAAUUUUUAGAAAUUUAAAAAAAUUUGGCGGUUUUUCAUGUAAAAAAAUGGAGUUUAUAGUGGUCUUUCAACACUUACUUUCCAAAGGCCAAGAAAAAAAACCAUUUUAAAUUAUCGAAAAUCUUCAAAGCCUAGUGGUUCCAUGUUUUUGCCUUGAAAAUUAUUUUCCAACGAAAAAAAUUCACUCUAUCCAUCUUAAAAACGUUCCUCUGUACUCCAUUUUCAUGUAAAGCCAAGAAAACUCAACAAAACCCCUUUCGCCCGACCCAAAACGACUUACGCCUUCUUCCCCAGGACAAUGCCGGCACGACAAUCAAGAAAAACUACGGAUUCAUGGACCCGCCGUUUUGCUUCGUUUAUCAUCGUGUUGAGACCUCACCUGAUGUUUUUGGUAUUCGAAAAAAAAAAUUAUAAUCAAAUAAGACGGGAAAUUUCAGAGUGCAAUGGUAAUCAGUACGAUUGCAGUCCGGAUACCGUUCAAGUUGGGGUAAGAAUUUCAGAAAAAUCGUUGAAAAAUGAUCGUUAGAAGCUUGCGCGCUCCAAGGAACAGGAAAACAAAGGAAAAUCUAUUUUUGAAAAAAAAGGUUGUUUUUCCAGCUCUUGUAGCGUAUUCAACUUUUCAGCUUUUCAUUUUGUCCAUGGAGCGCAAAAACUCCAGAACAACCAUUUUAAAAUCAAGGAAAGGCGCUUCUCUAGGGACGCCAGAGUGGUCCCUAGAGGGGCUCUUGAAAGUUCCCUCUAGGGAUCACUUUACCGUCUCUAAAGCUUUCAAAAGUGGCCACUCAAGGGUUUGCAGUUAGGGAUCCCUAGAGGGGGAUGUUCUAGAACUCCGUGUGUAGAGGCAUUUCCACGCGGAUGAAUUUAACCCCUUUAGGAGUCACUAUUGUGUCCCCUAUAGGGGCCGCUUUUCCCUCACCCCUCUAGGGACCGCUCCUGAGGUUUCAGUCUCGAAAAAUAGCCAUGCUUAGGAACGUCAGAGUGGUCCCUAGAGGGAGAACUUUGAAAGACUCUUGAAAGUUCCCUCGAGGGAUCACUUCACCAUCCUCUACAUGGGUCUCUAAGGCAUUCAGGAGUGGCCACUCAAAGGGGUUGCAGUUAGUGAUCCCUAUAGGGGGAUGUUCUUGAUCAUCUACAGAAAAGUUUGGAACUUUCAGGACGUAGAGACUUUCCCAGCGAACUGCGACAGUAACAACGAUUUUCGGGCUUUCGCCAACGCCGACUUCAAAGUUCGAUACGCUGCCGUUGAAGCUGGAUAA